AUGGAAAAAGACCAGCCCACCGAAGACGAAAACCAACACCCCCUACUUAACCAAAUCCAAGAGAGUACCCUGUAUGAAGAAAUCGCCGCGGCACAGCGUGAAGACGACAGCUGCCAGCAAGACAAAGCACGUCUUCAACGGUUGGCUCGGGAGAAGCCCGCCGACGAACGACGCAUCAAAGAAGAGUACGCUCUCGUGGACGAUUGUAUAUGGAAACGAACCCCGCAACAACUCCUGCUCUAUGUGCCGAGAACGCUGCGUCGCCAGCUCCUAGAAGAAUACCACGACGGGCCACACGCCGCUCAUCCCGGGCGGGAUGAAAUCCAAACCGCUAUACAGCAGAAGUUCUGGUGGCCGAAAUUACCUCGAAACGUUGCCGAGUGCGUGAGGUGCUGUACCAUUUGUGCCGCUGUAAAGGCAGGGCCGCCGCAAGCCAAAGCUCCACUACCCAACGCGUGUGUGGCGGCCAAGCAGUACGCAGCGCCCGAGCAACGAUAG